CCCGGCUUGGCGCCCGCGCCGCCCCGCGGAGACCCGCGCAGCCCGCGCUCGCCAUGAAGCGGCCCCGGGAGCCGAGCAGCUCCGACAGCGAGUCGGACGGACCGAUUGACGUGGGCCGCGAGGGCGAGCUGAGCCAGAUGGCCCGGCCACUGUCCACCCCCAGCCCUUCACAGAUGCAAGCCAGGAAGAAACGCAGAGGGAUCAUAGAGAAACGGCGCCGGGACCGCAUUAACAGCAGCCUUUCUGAACUGCGGCGCUUGGUCCCCACUGCCUUUGAGAAGCAGGGCUCCUCCAAGCUGGAGAAAGCCGAGGUCCUGCAAAUGACGGUAGACCACUUGAAAAUGCUCCAUGCCACUGGCGGGACAGGAUUCUUUGAUGCCCGAGCCCUGGCAGUCGACUUCCGGAGCAUCGGUUUUCGGGAGUGCCUCACUGAGGUCAUCAGGUACCUGGGGGUCCUGGAAGGACCCAGCAGCCGUACGGACCCCGUGCGGAUUCGCCUUCUCUCCCACCUCAACAGCUAUGCAGCCGAGAUGGAACCUUCACCCACGCCUGCUGGCCCCUUGGCCUUCCCUGCCUGGCCUUGGUCCUUCUUCCAUAGCUGCCCAGGGCUGUCUGCCCCCAGCAGCCAGCUUGCCAUCCUAGGAAGAGUGCCCGGCCCCAUCCUCCCCAGCGCAUCCUCUCUCGCUUACCCCAUCCCGGCCUUCCGAACCGCUCCUUUGCGCAGAGCUGCUGCCACCAUCCUGCCAGCUCGGAGGAAUUUGCUGCCUGGUCGAGGGGUAUCCUCUACCCGGAGGGCCCGCCCCCUGGAGAGGUUGGCUGCACCCCCGCCCGUGGCCGCCAGCGGCAGGGCCACCAGGAGUGGCCCCAUGGCACCCCUCCUGCGAUCUUCUUCCCCAGCCCCCAUUGGGGUUGUGGGGUCUCCUGCUUACGGGGCUGUUCCUGCCCCCAGAGCCCCCUCCCCGGGGCCAGCUGGGAGGCCAGCAGGACCUGUGCUCUGCCACUCCUGGGUCUCUGAAAUCACCGAAGUUGGGGCUUUUUGAGCUGAUUUUGCCUCCAGGAAUGAGAAGUUUUUUUUUCCAGUCCAGGAGCUCUAAAAUGGCAUGGCCUUUUCUGCUCUACUUCCUGGCCUGGUUCACAAAUGAAGUGUUUUCUUCACCUCUCGGACCCCCCCCCCUUCCCUUUUGGCCCAUCUCCCCUCCUCACUCCUUGUCUCAGCUUCUCCUGGAGCUGUUCUGAUCUCAGCGGCUUGGUCGUGUUUCUUUCCUGAGCAGAGAGUCCCAGGAGAGCCUCCAAAGGCUGUGCCCAGACCCCUCUCUUGGCCCAGGACGUGUGGGGACAGUAGGUACUAAACUCAGGUCUGGGAACAAUGCUUUCACCUAAAAGGCUCAGUGGCCUAAGGCACGCUGCUUCCCUAGAGAUCAGACCCUGGCCAGCAGCAGUGACUGCCUGGCUGCAGCCUUCCCAAGCCCACGGGGCUGGAACAUAGUGUCUGUCUCACUUCCUAAGAGAGUAACUAUGCAGAAGCCACAACGAAGUCUCCUGGGAGCCCUAUCUCCCACCCACCCCAUCACAGUAAACCCCAGAACAGACCUGCCAUCCACCACAGCCAAGGCUGGGGAUUGGGAGCCCAGCCCAGCCAGUUUCUGCCCUUGUCCCAUCAGCAGACACCCACCCUCCAGCCGACCAACAGUUCCCAGCACACAGCUGGGAGGUUUUGGGCUCCAGGACAGGGUGUCCUCACCACCAGGCCUCGGACAGUGCCCCCAGACAGGAGCCAGGCCCGGGCAACAGAGAACCAGCUCCCUGCCUCUCCCACGGUCAUGAUCUUCCAGGCGUGUGGUCCUGUCGGCUACACAGUGCGGAGGCCGUGUUCCCACGUGAUGGCGCCCCGGGAGGAAUCCUCCUGGGAUUCAGGACCAGACGUUUGUGCUGCCUGGUUUGCAUCCGGCUCACGGAGCCCAGACUACAGAGACCGCCAAGGGCUGUCAGGCUGGACAAAAAUAACUGCAAGGAGCGAGAGGAAGGACGGCCAGAGGCGGCUGGGCCCUUCAAGGUCAUGCAGUGGGUCGAGGGCCUGAGAUCCUGUCCACCUGGGAUUCCGCGCAGCUGGCUCUGCUCAAAGGCCAUUGCAUUGCCCGGCUCCAGCCCAGGCCACUUUUCGUCUGACAGAGGGAAGACAUGGCCCAGAGACCAUUCCCAGCAAAACAGCAGAGACUGGGCAAGAUGGGCAGACCAAGACUGAUGCACAGCUGGCACUGUGUUGCCAGAUGGUGGUUAAAAUGUAGAAACACUUGUGUGCUCGUUGACAAAUACCUGCUUUCCUGAGUGUCCCCACCACGUGGCUUCUCUCCCCGGGACCCUGUGCUGGUCAAUGUCUGGCAGACCCAGGACUGUGGGGUCCUCCGGCUGGCACGUUGUUGGUGCUUAUUCUGCACUGGUUGUUAAAUGCUUCUAACGUCACUCCUGGAUGAGUCCCCCCACCCCCUUUGAUGGAACUACCCUCCCCAGAGGCUGAAUUGAGGAGACUCCAGGGACUCGAAAAGUAGAGUUUGCAAAAGCCCUGGGGAAAGAGGGCUCUUUCAGAGAAGUGGGUAGGAGGGCAGAGAUCAUUUAAAUGACCCAGAAAACUCUUUUGAGAAGGAAAUUCCUCAAGGAGGGAUAAAGAACUAAAGUCAUUCUUUCAGUUCUCAGUGGGAGUUAGCUGGAUCAGAUAUUGCUGUCCUCCUGGACCCGUGUGUGUGAUGAACGGCAGUGAGGAGAGAGGUGUCAUUUCAGGCAGUGGGUCACGGGCCAGGAGUGCCAGAGACAGAGGGAGGGCAGGGCAGUCAGCAGGCUCCCAGGAGCUGGAAGGGGGAACAGAGGAAGGUGGCAAAAGGCAAAGAUCAACUUCACCUUUCUCACAUGGGGGGGGCAGGAAGACAGCUCUCCCCCUCCCCCUCUUUCUCCUCCUCCUCCCUCUCCCUCCUCCUCCCUUUCUCCUCUUCCCCCUUCUUCUCUUCCCAUCCUUCCUCCCCUCUCCUCUUCCCUCCUUCCCCCCUCCUCCCCACUCCUCCUCCCUCUCUUCCCUUCUCUCCCCUCCUCCUCCUCCUCCCUCUUCCCUCUCCCCCUCCUCCUCCCUCACCACCUCGGGUGGUGGCCCACUGCUCCCAGGAUGCCAGGUCAGUGCUCCAGUCCUGCAGCUUGGCCACUUCCCACCCCAAGAAUCCAACAUUUAUUCAUGGUGGGACGGUGGAAAACACAUUUUCAUGUUUCAAAGACCCAACUCCAAAGAAACCCAGUCUGACACCAUCGAAUGAGAUGCAAAUGGCCCAGAACUUUCAGCAACUUAGUUGCUCUUGGGUUCUUUCUCCCUGAGAGAUUGUUGGGGGCCGGGGCGGGGCGGGGGGGGGGAGAAGACAACUCUAUGUACUGGUUUCCGUGGUUGAGGACUCGUAUCUGUUUAUAUUCCCAAGCCUCUCUGGUGCUCCUGGACUCCCACCCUUUUGCUGGGGUUGUCGCAGAUAUUCAAUAAAGUUUUUUUUAACUCUUCUGGAAA